AUGCCACUGUCUCUGGGAGGUCACUUGGAGGCCUUUGUCUCUGUUCCCACAGACAACCCCAGACUGGUGACCUUCCCAGUGGUUUAUAAGGGUGUGAUCUACAGUGACCUUAGCUACUCUGUGAUCCUGUAUUCGAUGACGUGGAUCAUGAACCCAGAGCCUGUGCUAAACUGGACCUUGAAUGAGAAGCCAUGUGCAACUGAGGAGAAGCUCUUCUUCUGGCUAUUAUCCCCAAAUCAGCUGGGAACGUACCUGUGCAUAGCCAAGAACAAAGACAAAGAGUGGGUCUCUGAGCAGGAACAGACACAAGUCAAAGACAGCUGCAUCACCAGGGGUCCAACCAGCAUUAGUGACAGCCAGCAAAGUGGGGAACCUGGAGCACACUGUGCAGCAGAAACCUCAGUAUCUUCCAUAACUGCCUUUGCCAUGAAACCUGAUGACUUCCUGUCCCUCUCAGGAGGAUCUGCCAUAAGCCUCAUCAUUGCAGGCACCAUAGGAGGCCUAGUACUGAUCUAAUCUGCCUGCUUCUACUUAGUACUGGCCCUUUAG